AAAGGAAAAAAACAAAUCCCCAACCCGUCGUGCGCCGGGGUGCGGCCUCUGCCUUCUUGUUCGACCCGCAGCCUCUCUCUGUCUCUCUCUAACGGCGACGAGCGAAUCGUGCGAAUGAGAUGAGAUGGGAGACGGCGGCGACGGGAGCGGAGGCGGAGGCGCUGCAGGAGCGCAUCUGGGACCUCCACGACAAGCUCAGCCACGCCAUCCUCUCCCUCUCCGCCUGCGCCGGCCUUCCGGGCUGCGGCUGCGGGCACGUGGUCGUCAAGGGGCGGCGGCCUGGAGGGUACCCCGACCUUGCGGCGGCGUCGGCCAUGGUGGACGCGCGGGGUCUGCACGCCAUCCGCGCCGCGCUCGAGGACCUCGAGGGCCACCUCCACUUCCUUCAUGAUGUUCAGUUACAACAGCGUGCUGAGCGAGAUGCUGCGAUUGCUAGGGUGCAGCAAAGUCGUAUUCUCCUUGCUGCAAGGUUGGCUGAACAUAGAGGAAAGAGGCAUGGAGUCAUUGAGGAAGCCUUAGGUUUCGUGGGCGAUGUGCUUGACAAAAACCAAUUUGUCUCGCCUGAAGAUGUCUAUGGGAUGCACAACCAAUCAGACGAAGAUGAGGACCGCACGGGACAUGGUUCAAACAUGGUGGUGCGUGUGGUAUCCUGCACUUUUGCUUUUGCCAAGAACAUUUUAAGAUUCGAGAGGAUGGGUGGUGUGCUGGGUAAUGCUGCUGUGCUUGCGGUAAGCAUGCUUGCUUUCUUGCAGCUGCAUCAGCUGGCCUUGGGUAGACAAACUCCAGCAGUUCAAUAUAGGAGAACCGAUAAUCGUUUUCAUUCUGGAGGGUCUAGAAGAAACAGCAAAGAAAAGCAUGUGGAAGUGUUAUUAGCUAGAGGUUGAGGAAUCAUCGGACUGUUUGUACAGGAAGCUUCCUCCUCUUUUCAGUUUUCAUCGGUUUUGUUAGGUCACUAGUCAUUCAAUUCUUUUGGAUGGGCUGCUCUACAGUCUACCUCAAUCAUUAUAAGGUGUACCACACAGGUGUAAAUGGUUUGAGAUUAGCAAUAGAUGGAAUACUGGAAGAGUCUGCGAACUGGUUUCUUUUUCUUGAACUAACUAAGAAGAAUUGAUGCUUCAAGGACAACAGUUCUGCAUUUGCUAGCUUAUAAGCUGCUGGGCAUGCAAAUCGGGGUGGAGCUUUUGAGGGCAUGCUUCAGUUUUUUGCCACUGCGACGAGUGCCAUGAUCGAAGGUUCUUUGCUUAACUGACUUCACUCUAUGAUAUGUAUAUAAUGGAGAAAGAGUACAAGUACAACAUGGUGCACGUGUCAAGUCUUCAGUCUGUGGAGUUGGGAAUUGCUCUUUGUUGUUCCUUGUUUGUUCACACAAGUUAGGUAGUACUACUUUUGCUUUGCAUAUGUUCCCUCUCUUUGGAGAUGUGAACUACUGGGCUGUUAUAUCGCUGCUUGCAGCAGCUUUGCCGAUUUUGUAACCUCAGCGAUCGUGUGGUGUAAAUCAUUUGCGCCCGUGUAUGUUCUGUCAAAAUGAUAUAUUGCCGUUUUUUCCUUCUCA